GAUUCUCGGUUCAACUGUGAAGUAGAUCUUUGCACAGGGUACAAAACAAGGAGCAUGUUGUCCAUGCCGAUCAAGGAUCCCAGCGGAGAGGUCAUUGGUGUUGCGGAGGUCAUCAACAAGCUUGGCGGCAUUGAUAAACCCGAGGCCUUUGAUGAGGCUGAUGAACAGGUGUUCGGACAAUACUUGCAGUUUUGUGGAAUUGGUAUCAAUAAUGCUCGGCUGUACCAGCGUGCCAUGCUGGAAGUGAAACGCAACAAGGUUCUUCUUGAUUUAGCAAGGGUGAUAUUCGAGGAGCAGAGCACACUCUCUAGCAUAAUGCGUCGGAUACUGGAGUUAACGAUAUCACUUCUUCGUUGCGAACGAUGUUCAAUUCUCCUUGUGGACGAGUCCCCACGGAAGCGAAAUAAACGCCGGCAGAUUAAGGAGAAGGAAACGGGUAUAUUUUCACAGGUGUACGAGCUAUGUAUUUCAGAUUUGGAGAACAAAACACAGAAUCUCAACACUUCAAGUACGGGCAACAGCUCACCAUGCCGUUUCCCUGUUCACAUGGGUAUUACAGGCUUUGUGGCCACGACAGGGCAGACUUUGAAUAUAUCUGAUGCUUACAGUGAGCCAAAGUUUGAUGCAAAGUGUGACGAACGAACAGGCUUCAGAACUAAACAGAUGCUUUGUAUGCCCAUACGAAAUGCAAAUGGUACCAUUGUUGGCGUCAGUUUGCUUGUGAACAAGAUCGAUGGAGUUGCCUUUAACAAGAAUGAUGAAGAGAUGUUUGAGGCAUUUGCAAUUUUCUGUGGACUUGGCAUAACAAACACACACAUGUAUGAAAAUGCCUGCCGAGCUGUUGCUAAGCAACGUGUAGCACUUGAGACUUUGUCCUACCAUGCCACUGCUCCACAAGAGGAAGCCCAACGACUUAAGAAAAUGUCCAUCCCAUCAAUAAAUGAAUUAGGUUUGUCCAGGUUCUCAUUCAACGAACUAAGGUUUUCGGAGGAUGAAAUGCUUGUUGGCGGUAUCCGGAUGUUCCACGAGCUGGACUUCUUUAAUAAGUUCAGAAUUAAUUAUGAGACAAUGUGUCGAUGGCUUUUGAGCGUUCGGAAAAAUUACCGCAAUGUGACAUAUCAUAAUUGGAGACAUGCAUUUAGCGUGUCACAAACAAUGUUUGCAAUUCUCAAAACUGGACAACUGUGCAAUGUGAUCUCUGACUUGGAAUGUAUGGCGCUCUUGGUUGCGUGUUUAUGCCACGACCUUGAUCAUCGAGGUACAAAUAAUAAGUACCAAAUAAUGACAGAAUCUUCUCUGGCCCAACUGUACUCUACAUCUGUCAUGGAACAUCACCAUUUUGAUCAAUGUAUAAUGAUUCUGAAUAGUAAGGGUUGUGAGAUAUUUAAUAACUUGUCCCCAGAUGAGUACUCACAGGUUAUACGUCUUGUUGAACAUGCAAUCUUGUCCACCGAUCUUGCAGUGUAUUUCAAGUCAAGAGGUGAAUUUUUCAACAUGGUGAAAUCUAAAGACUGUGAUUGGUAUGACGAGGAAAACCGCGAGAUUUUGCGCGGGAUGUUGAUGACAGCAUGCGAUGUUUCUGCAAUCAGUAAGCCGUGGGAAGUUCAGAAAGAGGUUGCUGAACUUGUGUCUGGAGAGUUUUUUGAACAGGGUGACUUGGAGAGAGAACUGAAUGUAGAACCAGAGGAUAUGAUGAAUAGGGAGAAGCACCACCUCUUGCCAAAAAUGCAAGUUAGUUUUAUCGAUGCAAUAUGCCUUCCAAUUUAUAAGGCUUUAUCAACGGGCUUUGAGAAACUGGCUCCACUCAAGACAGGCUGCGAGGCAAACAGAGAUAACUGGCUAAAAGUAGGAAGGGAGCUUGGCAUAAGCGGUCUGAAAGAGAAAGGAGUUUCUGAUGAGAAGGAUGUUGAUGAAUCAGAAGCGAAGUGUAGUAAACGCUGACUCCGUACUGCAUUUGGCAGUAAAAAUAUCAAAUAAAGUACUAGAAAUUUCUUUAGGAAAAACUGGUCCUAACCGGAUUUUAUCAAAUGUUGCAUACACUGCAGACCGGUUUGAACUGGCAUGUCUUGUUUUUCUCUGUCAACCAUUUCUAGUGGUUAGGUUUAUCCAAAGCUACUAUUCAGAUUACAUCUGCAAAUAAAGUUUAUAUGCUAGAUACACCUCAAUUUUAUUUAUAAUAAAUAUGUAAACUCAUAGUUUCUAUAUUAUUUAAAACCUCAUUUUUUUUAAUUUAGAUAUGUGUUUCCCUUUUUAAAGGUGUUUUUAAGAUGCUGAGGAGAGUUAAAAGCAGUAAUAAUACUUUGAAUCAGGGUCAGUAACAGUUGGCAAACCUUUUAACAAAAUCUAUUUACAAUUCACUUGCUGGCUGUGUACCACUUUAGGGUAAACUUCGUGGGUUUUUUUUUUCAUGAUUAUCUGUGUCCUAAUUUACAGUAUUUAUUUUGUAAGGUAUUCUAUAAAACAAUUACUAAUACUAUUUUGUGUGGGGUGUGUUGUGUUUGUAACUUUUUGGUCUGAGUGUGGUUGUCAUAGAGGUUUUAGCCUGUUUGAGAGGCAGAACUUAGUCAAGUUAGAACUUUUUGUGGCAGACAAAGGUUUGUGACUCCAACUCUUAAUGGAAUAUAAAUCAGGAAGACAUCAGUAUUUUGGAAUACAGUAUUUCACUGUAUGUAAGCUUUUGAUUGAAAAGAAAAAUACAAUUAGGUAUUAAAUGCAUUGCCAGUGGUCGGUAGAUAAGUGCUACGUGACCAGAGACUGUCCAUCAAUGGAUAGUUCUAAUAUUUCAAAUGACAUCAGUACAAAUUAUCCCAGAGCAAUACAAACCCAAACCUCCAAAUGUUAAUUUUUAAACUCUUAACUAAAUUUUUUUAUACACACAUUCACAGAAAAUUGUAGUGACCACACAUAAAUGAAACGUAUUACAAAUACACAUAUACUGUACAUACAUGUUUUAUUUUUGUGUGCAAAAUAUUAUUAUAUGUGCAGUAGUUGCCAGAGUGCAAUUAUUAUAAUAUUUCUGAUAGUUGAGCUUUAUAAUUGAUCCAAACUAAAGUUCUCCUAAACUUUUUAAACAGUCAUGCCAACACUAAAAAGGUGUAAAUACCUGUUAUAAUUUGCUGUCAGAUUAAAGCAACCAAAAUCCACAUCAUAAUGGAUUUUUUUUUAUUACGGAAAAUUGUGUGAUAUAUGGAUAAUAUGAGAUUAUAGAAAAAAAAACAUGUAUAGCAGAAAAAUGUAUAUGAUUUGUAUGGGUUUCUUGAAUGUGGCUCAUUUAUCAUGGUUUGCAAUGCAAAAACGGGUCAUGUUUCUACCGUACUUCUCAGCAGGACUGAAGUAUUACGAAAGAUAACAAUUCCUUCAUAUUGUCUCCAUAAAGUAAAGUGUUUUUUUUUAGUCCAUUAACGAAAAUAAAUUUAAGGUCCUAAAGGCAAAAUUUUAUUUACAUUGUGGUUAUUCAAACAUGACCUCCAUCGGUUUGUUCAUUUUGACAUGGUGGCCAUUAUAUUGCAGGGUUUUUUUUAAGGAUCUUGCACAUUUAUUUCUCUAGCUGUGAUUGGGUUAACUCAGUCAUGUGACUUUCAUUCAGCAUUAUUAUUGGUCAUUACACAACUUGUCCUGAUUUUGUUGGUCACAAUUUGUAUUCUAGUUUUCAAAUCGUUUUUCAACACAUCUCAAUUUUUUAGAUGUGCCAAAUAUUUGGUCAGUUUUUUAAGUGGACUUGGUGAAAAACUAUUUCACAUGAAUUUUCUGUGUUUUUGUUAUUAACUUAUCACAUUAAUGUAGAUAUAUCUGUAUGUCAGCAUAAUGUCACAUUUCCAACACUUCCUAUUGGCCAUCAUGUGUCACAUGAUUGCUGCGUCACUUUCAAUUAUUUAAUAGACAUGUUGUCGAGGGUUACAUUUUCUGCAUGUUGUUAACCUGAAUUCAAAGGCAACAAUAUUAGAUAUUUUUAAUGCAAAUUAUAUAAUAAAUAGACUAGAAAACUCUUUUGCAGUUAUCAUUUUGGUGAGAGAAACCGUUACAGAUUUAUCCCAUCGUUGUGGAGCGAAUAAAUGAAGUUUAGCAUUUUCUAGCAUUGUAGCGUAUAUUUAACGGUUUUACAAUGAGUAAAUUAUGAAUAUAAAAAUCAUGAGAUCUUUGAGUAAUUGUAUGCAAGUACAGUAAGCCUUAAAACCUGUUUCAAAAUACUUUAGAUAUACGGUAAGAAAUAAUAUAAUAGUAGGUAUGUAAAUAUACAUUUGUACAUUAUUUUAACUCGUAACACAAAACUAUUAUAGUAACAUAUUCUGAUAACACGGUAGUCAGUUCUAUACAUAUUUCAAGUGUGUGAUAUUUUUUUUUAUAUAAUUUUUUUAUCUGGUGCAAAUGACUAAUUCAGAUAUUAUGUUCUUAAACUACUCAGCCAUGAUGUAAAGUGGUUUAUAUUUGUCAGUUCAGGAAUAAUAAUUCAGAACUUAAGAUUUUAAUUUUAUUAUAGAAAUGGUAUAAUUGAUGGUACUUUACGUUUUUAGUAUUUAACUAAUAAUUUAUAGUUGAUUGUUUGUCGCUGUCAUGACUCAAAGGUUUGCUAUUUUUAAUUAUUAACGUAUUAUUAGAGUUAUAGUAAAGGAUGAAAUAUUGUGUUUGUUUUCAAUUAGAAUUUUAAAUGAUGUCAAUUUCUUUAAUAUCAGAACAAAAAUUAAAAUUGACAUGCUUUUUCGUUGACCGUUUUGGUAAUCAUAAUGACGUGUUGUUACACUAUCCUCUGAUGGAUUUGUACCACUAGUAAUAAGUGAGUACCAGUCCCUCAAACAGAGAUGAGGUGUUUGUAUUCUGUAUUCUCCCUCAUGAUUUUUUCAUCAUAGAGCUUCAUUUAAAGCUGGAAUAACAAACUACCACAUCGUUAUGACAAAGACUAGAAAGUCAACUCAAAACUGUCAGGUACUGCAUAUUCAUAGUUUUUGGUCUAAUAUUAAGGAAAUUUAUAUAUGAUUAAUAAUGAAAUUCUUCAAUCAAUUUAAAAGUUUGUGUUGUAGGUUUCUGUAUCGCAUAUCUACAUAAAAUAGGCAUUUCUUUUAGGUUUUUUCCACAAUGCUUCUCUACAUUGUUUCCUCAAUUUUUUAUGAUAUAAUAUUCCCACCUCUGUUUAUAAUAUCUUGCCAAAUUAUAUCAUUUAUUAAGAGUUUGCUUCUCUACUACGCAAAAUCUGUUAUCUUACUUUAAAGUGGUUUUGUCUGAAUCUUAAUUCAUGGUGUUACAUUGUGGGAAUUAUCUAACUACUGUACAUUCAUUUAUGCUAGCAUUGUUACACAAUUUAUAAUACAUAUUCUUAACAAACACAUACUGUAUCUACUUUAGGUACUUUAGUUUGUUUCUUCUCUAACCGGGAACCAUCUUUGUUCCUGUGAACUUCACUGUAAUUAUGGAACAGACAUUAUUUAGUCCAUUUGUGUGUUUUUUAAAAUAUAUUUAUUAUUAUUGUGGUACAAACAAGGUAAGAAUUGGAAACGUGGGUACAUUAAAAGAUACAGUAGUUAAUAAAUGCAGUAAUUUUAAAGCGGUAACCAGGGAUAAUAAUUACUUUUGUGUUUAUGUACCUAAAUCAAUCAAUACAUUGUUUUGGUAAUUUUGAGUCACUCCGGUCCUUUAACUCAUAAAGGAAAUUUUCAUUUGGUAUAUUUUCUUUAGAUGCAAUUUAUGUUUAACCAAUCAAAUAAAACCUGUUAAGAAGUUUUAGGGUCAUGCAAGUAAUAUUUAAAUAUAUACAGAAUAAUUUAUUGAUAAUGUGGAAUGAAAAAUGUGUAAUAUGUUUUUCCUCAUUGAUUUUCCUUUCUAUUAUUUCACUGUGAAUUCCCAAUUAUUGAACCCAAUUCUUCUGCUGUUAAAAUUAUACAUUUAAUAAUACCACCUAUUUAUUUGACCAAUAGUUUAUACCAAAGAUAUGUUUAUUUUGUGCUUAAUUUUGCCCUAAUUUGCAUUAAAAAAUAUUUUCAAGUUAUUAUGAUUAUAAUUAUUAUGUGUAUCGUUGGUAUUAUGAUGUAUUUGCUGUGGUAUGGCGAUGUUAUUUUUUCUUAUAAUAUUAUUACGAAUAUCAUUGUAUGAUAAUAUUUAUUGUUUUUGUUAACAUUAUGCUCUGAUGAUUGUUACCAUCUUUUAGGAAGAAAUGGUUAAAUUAAUAAUAAUAAUUAAAUAUACUGUUGUGCUAAUUAUCUUGAAUUAUACAUUUCAAAAGUUGGAUUACUUACUACGUAUAUCCAAUAAAGUUAUCAGCUUUCGAACAUAAAUCCAACAAAUAAGUAUUUUUCUUGUCAAUAUUGGACCGUUCCGCUAAGCCACGCCCCGUUGAACCUUGUUGAUAAGCUCCCACAAAAUGACGUACGUAAACAUGUGUCAGAUAACGCCUACAUUUGUGGGGGCAAGCACGUAUCUGUAGCUCUGUCCUGAUUGGCCAGUUAAGUUUGAUUGACAUCUGGAAAGGUGCAUUAGAGUAAAAAAGUAUCCAUUUUCAAUUAACAAGCACAUUAAUAAGUAGUUUUCGCCGCACGACGUUAACCUAAACUUUAACGUUAGUACCCAACAUGCAACGCGAUAGCUCCGCCCCUUUUUGUAAACAAUUCGAAAUACGCAUGCGCAAACCCGUAACUAAACGUAGUCGAGCACGAAAAAUCCUGAAAUUAGCGUACUCCGCAAUGCAAAAUGAAUAAAUUAUGAUGUCAUCCGUUAACGUUAAGGUUAUCGUCGUGCUGCAAAAACUACCUAUUAUUGUCAUUCUCUUUUUCUUUGCACAAGUCUUUAAUUAGCUGUUGACCAGUUUAAUCCAUUUCAUAGUAAAGUCUGUAAAUGUGGAAGAAAGUGUUUUAUUAUUUGCAUCUUGUUCGAAGUUGAUAACUUGUUUGGUUUUUUAAAUAAGCUAUUCAAUCUUGUAAUUAAUUUUUAUUAUUUUUAGGCUUUGUUCAGAUUCAGUAACGUUGUUUUUUGUUGGUUCUAUGCUAUGGAUCUUUUUGGUAGUACACUAGUAGACUUUUUUGUUAUUCGUAUAAUUGUUUUCAUUUAUCCUCGUUGUUUCAUCCCUCCAUUCCUUUUCCCCCCAAGUUAGUGCAAUCAAUGUAAUUUUAUAUACUACUAUUAUUAAUAUUGUUAUUCAAUAGAGUAAUAUUUUGGAUUAUUAUUUUAUGUUCUUUUGUUUGUAGGGGUGAACUCCUAUCAACUGCCAAACGAAAAAUAAACCACCAAUAUUUAUUGAGCAAAUAUUAUGGAAUGUACCAUUAUUGUUUAGGGUAUAUCAAAGUUGUGUUCAUUCUAUAGGUCUACUGAUCACCAACAGUUUUGUACCUAUUUAUAAAUUAAAGCAUUAUUAUUAGUAUUUAAAAUAAUACAAUAAUGGAAGUGUAAUUCUCGUCUGAUAUGUGGUAGGUGCAUAUAGCUAUAUAUUUAUCUUAAUAGUAAUAACAAUAAAUAAUGAUAAUAAUGAUAUAGCCAUACAACACGAGUUAUGAAUUCAGUUUGCUUCCUUGGUGUAUACACUUGAUUUGCAAUAUUUGAAAUAAACAAAUACUAGGUAGAUUCCA